UGCGCGUAAUCGUGGCGCUUCUGGUGAGCACUCUACGAUGGUAAAUGAGUAAACAUAGAGUUUUUGAUAAAAUGUACCGAUACGUUUUACGGCUGGCGCAGUAACGGCAAAGGAUUGCAUCGAUGUACCGAAAAGAAAAUACGGCGCAGUGGUAGAGAAAGUGAUUUAUUUUUACGGUAGAAUCUGUUGCGGAGUGCGGGCGAACUGCGGUGGGAAGUGUUGGAGCACGCAGCGUGAUAACAGCAACAGCUGAAACAGGUGGCCAUGAUUUCGUCGAAGGAAUGGAUUUUCACGGUGCUAGUUGCUGCUAGUAGUGUUCAGCUGGCAGGUUCCGUGCUGGACGGUGAACCGAAGGAUAAUGCACACGUUUCCGUUGCCACCGAACUUUCCGGUAUCGAAAAUUGUCCCCGGAUGAUGCAUUAUGUGUUUGAGGGUUACGCGCCUAUCGGAAACACGAACGCAGGCAACUAUACGGAAAAUUCAAAGGCAACCACACUGGAACCGUGCGUGCGAGACUGCUGCCUGAAGGGGCCGAAAUGCAACACGGCAUUUAUAUUCAAUCACACCUGCUACCACGUGAAAUGUAUCAGCAACGAGUUGUGCCUUCCGGCGAAGAAAGAAACCUCGUCUACGUUGCGCAUGGUUUUGGUGAAUCCGAUCGAAGAUGGCAUCGUGGAGCCGUCGUGGUGGGAGCUGCUGAAGAAAGCGCAGGAGAAACGAAUCCUAGCGAGCGGUUUAUCGUCCCAGGUGCCGGAUCGGGACGAUAGGGAGGAAAAUCUGCUGGGCAAGCUGAGCGAAAUCUAUAACCUUGCGAAUGGCGUACAGCAGAGGCCACGUGGUGAGGAAAAGUACGUCCUUCCUUCCGCCGAGGACAUCUACAGGGGGCCCUACAAGUCACUCGAUUAUGGAGCAGGCGGAAUAGGCACGGCGGGUGGUGUAGGGUACGCUAACAAUUACAUCCGUGACCAGUACGAUGAGGAGGCAGAGGAGAGUAAAUUCUACGCGGAAACGAAGGCCCUUGGUUCGAUGCGUCCGUGCGAUCUAACGCUCGAAGAAUCGUGUCCACUCAAUGAGGAGUGUGUUCGCGUAGUUCCGAGCCUCCGAAGUGGAAUCUGUACCUGCAUCGAGGGUUACGAACGAAGCGAGAAAAAACUGUGCCAUCCGAAGCAACCGUCGCUCUCUCAGCAGGCCAUGGCCAUACCCGAAAUGCUAUCGGCCCAGAAACUUACGAUGGUGGGUGGCGGACAACACGGUGAAACAGAGGAACCGCUCCCACCACCGAUACUUUCGAGCACGACCAAGGAACUAACAGUUUCGGUUGCCUCGAAAGAUGUGCGCCUGCCGACGAAUGAAGCUACCCUAUCGGCGUACGUGAUUCCGGAUGAGAAAACAACCGGCGACAAGUACAGCUACCUGUGGACGUUGGUCUCGCAACCGAAGGGAGAUAACAAUAGCACGAUAGCGGACCAGACAAAGUCUAUAGCGAAACUUUCCGGUCUGGCGGAGGGUUUGUACCAGUUCAAGGUAACUGUAAGUGGCCAGAACGGUUCGUACGGGGAGGCGUUCAUGAACAUUACCGUACUGCCGGAGCAGAAAAUUAACAAACCCCCGUUGGCCGUUAUAACUCCUGCGAACCAACCGGUCCGGUUGCCAAACCAUGAAGCCAUUCUGGAUGGCAGUGCGUCCAGUGAUGACGUUAAAAUCGUUCGCUGGUUGUGGGAACUCGAGGAGGGUCCGUUGGCGUACAGGUCGGAGCUACCGGAGGUGAAUACGUUGCAGCUGAAGAAUCUAACCAUCCCUGGCAACUACACGUUCAAGUUGACUGUGGUGGACGAACAGGGGCUCAGUAAUAGCACCACGGCUAUCAUACAGGUGCUGAAAGAGAUCGACUAUCCGCCGGAAGCGAACGCUGGCAAGAACGUCAUACUCUACCUACCGAAUAACAACGUCACACUGAACGGUUCCCUCAGUAAGGACGACAACGGGAUUGUGGCCUGGGAGUGGACAAAGGCAAGCACCAACCAGUCUAAGGCGGUCGAUAUGCAAAACACCCGGACACCGUUCCUGCAGCUUUCUAACCUGGAGGAAGGGGUGUACGCGUUUGAGCUGAAGGUGACCGACGCAAAGAACCAAAGUAGCACCUCGAUGGUGCAUGUGUUCGUAAAACCGCCCACUAAUCGGCCACCGGUGGCACAGGCCGGCACUAAUGGUACCACCAUCUAUCUGCCCCAAAACUGGGCCACACUGAAUGGGAGUGCGUCGAGUGAUGAUAUCAAAAUAAUUAGCUACUACUGGCGUCAGAUUUCCGGACCGAACACGGCACAGAUUGCGAACGCGAACGCAUCGAUUGCAAAUGCAACCGCUCUAACGAUAGGAGACUAUCUGUUUGAGCUUGCCGUGUCCGACGAAAUGAAUAAUAACGCCAGCGACCGGGUACGUAUCACGGUCGUGCAGGAAAAGAAUACGGCACCCGUGGCGAAUGCAGGAGGCGAUCAAACGAUCACGUUGCCCACGAACGUACUCGUGCUGAAUGGUAGCCGAUCGAGUGACGAUCUUGGCGUUGUGCGCUACAGCUGGACACGGGAACCGGGAAGUUUGGCAAUCGGCACCAUCAUCGAUGGAAGUGACCAAAAGCCAGUGCUUAUGUUAACGAACAUUGUCACGGGAAGGUACGUUUUCAAGCUGACGGUAUACGAUGGGCAAGGACUUUCGGCAAGCGAUACGGUUAGUAUCAUUGUCCGACCUGAUCCCUUGCUGAUGAACCUGGUUGAAGUGACCAUCACAACCGAAGCGACCGUGUUGACCGCGACCGAGCUGGACUCGAUUGAACAAAAGCUGACCCUGCUGAUCGGAGACAAUCUGGCAAAGCUUCACGUACGAGAGCUCAAGGUGGAACCACGUACGGGUCAGGUUGUGAUCGUAUUUUACGUUGAGCGAAAGACCGGUCUUGAGGAAAAAGAGCAACAGCAGCUCAUGCCGGCACUGGAGGCGGAGCGAAUAUUGAAGGAAAAGUUCUGGCGCGACUAUACCAUCCUGGGCACCUCGGUCGUUGGCAUUCGCACCACCGUCUGCCAGAACGAGUGCUCCGGCCAUGGCGUUUGCAAUGCGGAAACACGCGAGUGCAUCUGUCAGAGCUUCUGGAUGCCGGAUAUUUUCUACUUCUGGGGCAUUGCCGAAGCCAAUUGUGAUUGGUCAAUACUGUACGUGAUUGUUGGACUUUUGAUCGUGUUUUUCGUGCUGUCCGGCAUCUGCUGGGGAAUCACAUGCCUCUGCCGGCGAACGGCAAAGCCACGUACCAGACCCAAGCCCCAAAAGUAUUCGCUAUUGCAAACACACGACGAAGAAUUACCUUCAUUUAAUCGCGCGGGAACAGCAGUUUCCGAUACCGAGACGGACUCGGAUGUCCUGUUUGAGAGCCGGUCGCGGCACAACGGGCUGCUGCCAGGACGCUCCGGAAACGGGACCAUCCCGAACGGUGAACUGCGCAACGGAUCCAGCUCCGGUGGCCACCCGAAGUACGGCAUGACCCGGCUGGGUCGACGCAUAAAGGCGUAAAGCUUGGCACCGACGGCGAACCGGACGGCGUCCCAUUCUAGUGCCACCCGGCCGCAGGGCAGGGCAACAACAAGAAACCUAGUCGGAAGAACAUUUCUUUAACCUGUAAUACAUUCCUAUACGUGCUUGUCGUGAUUUGCUGGAAGUCGAUCGUCGCGGUACGAUCGAGCUAUAAUAUUAUUUAUCCUAAACAGUCCUGCGUUCCUUAUCUUUAGCUUGCAUUAGGUUUUUAAAAAACACGAGAUUCGUUCAUUCACAUUCCUCACACCGAGUAGCAAAAGGAAGUAUUGAAGUAACAAAUGUGAUUCUGAUGCCAUCGAAGACAGAAAAAGAAAGGAUGCAAUUAACGAUUAUAUUAAGCAACAAGAGUGGACAAAGAGCACCAAAGGACCCAGAAGUAAGUAGAACCCAAACGUAAACCAUCUAACGAUAGUUGUCAUGAGUUUCAUUCAGUUAGUUGAAGUGUAAACAUAUUGCUUAACGUGUAAACGGUGUUGUUUCUUUCCGGGUUCGGGAUGCCUUCUGCAUAACUUCCCCACUGAACGGGGAACCACCAAAACCCUAUCGCUUUUUGUGGCGUCUCCGGCACAAACAUAUUCAGUAUUCCUUGAACCCCCUUUGGUAUGGGGUGGACAUGUAAUGAAGAGGGGGGAGAACGAGUGCAUUAAUUUCCUGGCCUACUCCCAAAAACGGUAUGAUGGGCUGUGAUUGGGUCGCGAGUGAAAAGGACUCCGCUCCACAAGCGAGCUCCCUCACUGUGCACAGGACAGGACCAAGUGGGCCCGGACCGGAACAGGAAGGCGGGGUCCCCUUUAAGAGGCAGUAUUAACGUAUCGGUGCACCGCAUGCCAAACGUGUGAAGGCAUGCCGGGAGCGACAUUUUGUAACGUACUUACAACCGGAUAUCCGCGUGGGACAAGGAUUGAGGGAAAUAAAACAUGAUAAGCAAAGU